CACGAUUUAUUAACUAUUCAGGGUCUUUUCAGUCUUCAUUUAUCUAACUCUACUAGAACUUCAAUCUAUUUUGCCUCUAAAUGGGAUGUAAAUAGGCGGUAAACUAAUUCUCAGCAUUACUCUCACAAUUAGGUAUCUUUAUAUCUAAAAAAUGGUAUUUCAAGCUGCCUAAAAUGGCUUCUGGAAGUAUUUGAAUAGUCGAUAACAAGCUUGAAAGAUCUUCUAAAGAUCAAUUUAGAGUGUUUUUAUUUAAUUUCCAGUAAAAUUUAACAUAUUUUGGUGCACAUUCUUUCUGAUCUUCAUGUUAAUUGUUCCAAAGUUGCCUAGGAUGGAUACUAAAAAGUUAAAACAAAUUCAAAAUCAGUACUACAAUGAGGAAGAUUAUUACGAUGAGAAUGAGCAUGAUGAACUUCUUCAAGAGAAUACUGAAGAUCUUGAGCCUGACAAUGAAGCUGCCUGAGUAAAGCAAGGUAGAUCAGCGAAUAACAAAAUAUCAAGCUUAAUAACCCAAGUUGAUAAAGGAUCUUCUCAACCAAAUUACCAACAGCAAGAUGAUAUUGAUGAUGAUUUCUUUGUGCAGGAUGAAAUAGUUGUUGGUCCACAAAGAGAAUCUGACAGAGGAAAGAAAACUCUGUGCCUAGAUCUUGAUGAAACAUUGGUCCAUUCCAGUUUCCAAUACGUAGAAGGAGCUGAUCUUGUCCUUCCAGUUGAAAUUGAUGACAAUGUCUGAGAAGUCUAUGUACUAAAGAGACCAGGUGUGGAUGAAUUCUUGAAAAGACUUCACAAGCAUUAUGAGCUGAUCAUUUAUACAGCAUCCUUGUCAAAAUAUGCAGAUCCCUUGCUAGAUUGGCUAGAUCCGAAAAACUAUUGAGCAUAUAGGCUCUUCCGAGAACAUUGCACUUACUAUAAUGGAAUUUUUGUUAAAGAUCUCUCUAGGAUAGGCAGACCUCUUAAAGAUAGUAUGAUUAUUGAUAAUAGUCCAACUUCCUAUUUAUUCCAUCCUGACUGAGCAAUUCCGACUGUUUCUUGGUAUGAUGACCUAAGUGAUCCCGAGCUUUAUCAAUUGUGAGCAAUUUUAGAAAAAAUUUCAAAAGUUGAAGAUGUGAGACCAGUCUUAGCUCAAUUCAUUAGCAACAAUACAGUGAACUUUUCUGAGGCGAAUAGACUAUUAAACAUUGGCGAUUCUGACACUCGUUCGAAUAGCCAAACCCCAAGCAAGGGAGGAAGGUAUCAACCAUCCCCAAAACAACACAAAGAUCCCUACAAAGUUGUCCCUAUCUACACUCAGGACGAAAGGAAUGAAAUGAUGAAGGUGAAUGCUCAUGAUGAAUCCAGGACUGCAGAUAAUAGAACGAACAAACCUCAAAAAUUGAUGACCCAGACCUGGGCUCCAGGGAACAAAAAUGUUGCUGAGCAGUUUAAAAGUUUCACAAUGAUGAACCAAUUUAGCAAAAUGGGAUUAAACAUGAAUCAUGGAACUCAAAAACUUCUGUCUGAGACUCUUUCUUCUUACAACCCUGGAGGAAGGAACUACAUGGAGAAAUCGAAAAGGUCAUCUAAAAUGAGUAAAUCUAGAGGUCAUAGCGCCAAGCAGAAGUCAUACCAUAGUAAACAGAGGAAGAGUCCCUCCAGAGGAAGGAAUGACCCUAAUCAUAUACUUCUGAGUAUGAUGAAGAAGAGCUGGAAGCCUUCUAAGAGUAAACAUCGUAAGCAUUAUUCAAAUCAUGAUUCCUUAAACAAGAGCAGUAAGAGAUCAAGGAGUAGAAAAACUAGGCCCAAUAAUACCCCAAAAAGAAUGGUUAAAUACCAAAAUUUGUUCAACAGAAAAGCAGGUAGCACCAGAGUCAGUAGGAAAGGAUCUGCUGCUAAUUCUAAUGAGAGAGCAGCAUAUUCUACCUAUGUAGGUAGAGUAUCUCCAAAGUCGAAGAAGAAGAAAAUAUCCAUGGAUUAUGACUUUACCAAUACAAAUAGUUUUACCAAUAUGAUGAACGACUUUAGACCACGAAAAGGAACUAAAUCACGACAAGGAAUGGGGUCAAAGAAAUCCUCCCUUAUUGAAAGCGUAGUGGGAAAUUCUAGUAAAGCAAGAGAUAGAGCAGCACGAAUGUACUCAGGACUGACAGUUCACACUCCUACUCCUGGAAGUACUAAUGGAUUUUUGAAUGAUAGCAAACUUGGAAGAGAGCUGUUCAGGAAAAAUGGAAAUUACAACCAUCAGCAUGCUUAUAAUCUAACUUCAACCGGAAGAGGUAAAACUCCACAUCAAAAACCAGGAUCUCCUAAAAGAAGAAAGCAUAGUAGUAGUAAAAGGUCUCAUAGUAGACCAAGAAGCAGUAAGCAUGGUGGGGCUUCAAGAGCAACCAAUUUUCAGGCCAAGUUCUUCGACCCGAAGCAAUUACUAAAUGGGUACAAUAUGAACUAG